GCCCUCCACCGUUCCGGGACUCGCGGCGCCGCGCGAGUUAUGACUCCGCGCGCUCCCUCCCCCCUUGCUAAACAGAGAGGAAUGGGCGGGAGCCGAAGGAAUCGGGGAGGUUUGUUAGUCAGUUUAAUAUAUUUCCAGUUUAAUUAAGCUAUUUCUUUCCCAUGAGUUUCAGAGCAGCAGAUUCAAAAAGUAUAAAAUAAAAUUUAGACGCUACACACACAGACACGCACACUGAUUUUUUAAAAGGGGUGGGGGCUGUCCUCCUAUAUCUGUUGGUGGCAUUCGUAAAUCUGUUUAUAUUAAACAUUUAAAUUGCCCUGUAGGUUUUCCAGAAAAAAAGGAAAAAGUGCUGAAAUACUGCGCAGAACCACUUAAGCGUGAUUUAGCCCUAAGGUCAUCUGGGCCAACCGUUUGCCAGAAGCAAGACUCCUGCAAAAGCUCUCCUUGCAACCAAAGGCCUUGGAUGGUGGAAAGCAACCUGUCUCAGGUAUGGCUUAGUUUGUACCAGCGCUGUUUUCAGUGUUCAAGAUACUGGGAACAGAUGAACUGUGGACAGCAGAAAGUGGGGGAAAUUGCUCAGUGGUGAGAAAAACAGGUUCUGUGUAUCAUAGAAUCGUAGAGUUGGAAGGGAUCUCAGGGUUCAUCUCGCCAAACUCCAUGCACUCUAUUUAACGGUUAGUUUUGCAUUGAUUUGUGAAAUCUAAAUAUUAUUAUUAUUUAUUAAAUUUAUAUAGUCUAUUUUUUAUAUAUUUAUAGAUACAGAUAUAAAAGCCUAUGCACAUUUCAUGCAGAUUUAUGUCCAAUGGGAUUGUGGCCCAGGUCUUUUAAAUAUUUGUGAUGCCCUCUACUCCAAAGCAUGUUUCCUCCAACAAUGGGCAACUACAAAGUUCCCAUGCGAGAGUGAGUACAGCCGACAGGGGGACUUUGUGGCCUUCUAAGUGUGGUUGGACUCCCAUCAGUGCCAAGUGAGCACAGGAAGAGAGUUGCAGUCCAACAUCAUCUGGAGGAUCACAGAGUCCUCAUCCCUGCAGCCCUUAUCUCUCUCUUGCUCUCUCCCAAAUCUCAAAGCAAACAUUCACCUACACAGUGACUUCCGACAAGCAGCAGCUGUCUGUCACAUCUCAACUGAAAUAUCCCAAUGCUUUGCCUCUCUCUCAAUUGGAAGGUUCUUCUUAACAUCUCACUUCCGCUGUUUAAUUGCAAUUUGAGCUCCUUUGCUCCUGUCUUCUCCACAGUAGCACAAAAGAGCAACUGGUCCUUGCUUUCUCAUAACUGGGAUGGAGUGAAAAAAGGGGCAAAAGUGAAACAGAUGUAGGGCCGGGAUGGGGAACUCCGGCUCUCAUUAGUCCCAGGCAGCUUGGCUGAGGGCCAGAAAUGAUGAAUUUCUAUAUUCUUAACAGUGUUAGCAAUUUCCCUAUCAAUAGAGCCAAAAUUUCUGUGGCAGACACUUGGUAGUAAACCACCACAGAACAGAUUUGGAGGUAUCUCUGAGUGAAAUGCAUAGGAUCAGUCUACUCAUGUCAGCUAUUCUAGAACAAUGUGAAUUGACUUUGCAGGACCUAAUCAUGUUUUCACGGUAUGCUGACUAGUGAACAAAUACAUUCAUACAGUAGUUUUUGACUACUAUGGUUGUAUUUGUAACUAUGCAAUUUUUUUCCAUGUUGUAAGCCAACUUGAGCAUGGUUUUAGCUAUGGAAAGGCGGAAUACAAAUAAAAUGAUGUAUGUAUGUAAUAUCAGCUCAGAACAGCUCUCUGUGUGUACUGAAAGGUCAACUUCUCCAUUUAGGUAUGGAGUGCAGUCUGUAUUACCAUGAGGACUAGCACCUUGAGUCUGGAAAAAAAAUAGCAGAUUCUUUGCAGAGUCUCUUAUCUAUGAUUAGAUGCCCUGAUCAUGUGAUGAGAGCUGGUGGCUGUGCUCAGUUCCUCUCAUCCAAGCCAGUUGUAUUUACAGAUGAGAAAAAUGCCCUUAAGGACCUACUGUAGAGCAGGGGUAGCCAACACAUUAGUGACCUCAGCUCCAGUUCUAGCUUUGGACCUGAAGGCUGGGGCUGAUGGGCACCACUAAACAUCUGAAGGGCACAUUGGCUACCCCUGCUUUACAGUCUGCAUAGCAAAUGCACAUUAAGGGCAGCAGUUCCCACAGGUCUUAAGCAUAUGAAAUUAAUGCUCAACAUUUGAUUCAUAAGUGUAAGGAAUCCUGGCUGAAUUCUAAUACAGAUCACUAUGGAAUUACUGUUUUAAGGUUAUGCAUGGGGUUGUUUAUUUUUAUUGCUGUUUUAAUUGUGUCUUUACAAAUUGCAACCCAUCCUAAGACCGGCUGUUGAAGGGCAACUAAGAAAUAUGUAGCAGCAACAGCAACAAGGACAGCUUCUCUAAAACCAUGAUCAAGAAUAUAUCUUUGCAGUAUUUUCUGCUUCUCCUAAGUGUUGGGCUAGAUAGCGGUGCUCUACUUCUGGCCUUACUGCAUUGCAGUAGAGGUGAAAUGAUAUUCUAUAUAUAGUUUGUAAUAUACCCAGGGACCACUUUUAAAGGUGCACUGCACAGAUAGGUACUGUAAUGCUCUCAGAUCUGAGAUGCAAACAGAACAAGAAACAUAUGGUUAAAGGAGUGUGUGUCCAUGUUGGUUAUGUGUGUGUGUAUGUGUGUGUGUGACAGAGAGAGGGAGGGAGGUGGUCUGGAUAGUGCCCAAGUAGGAAAUUUCAAGACCCACUUAUUGUGCAAUGAAAUCAGGGGAGCCUUACAUUAGGUAUGGUAGGAUGCUGCAUAUAUUUUUUUUUGUAUAUGUGAGUGAAGCUAGACAAAAAAAAAUCAGGAUUCAUUUUGGUCCGUAUGUGAACCCCAGUAGGUAAAACUGAAUCCAGGACAAGAAUCACAGACUCAUGACUGUAAAUGAAACAAAUUAACUGGUUUGUUGAUAUGCAAUGCUCAGAACAAGAAUAGCAGUAAAUGUUUUAAGUCCAAAUAACUGCACAAAUACAUAGUUCCUUGAACUAUACAAGCUGUUCCGUGUAAUUGACAAGCCAAUGCAACUACUUAUACGACCAUUUAAGCAAUAAUUUAUCAUCAAACCCUUGUCUGCAUCUCCCUGCCUAAACCUCCUCCAGUCCAUCUAGUUUAUGGGCCACAGCUCAGUGAUGUUUCACAUGCAGAAGGUCCCAGGUUCAAUCCCCAGUGUCUCUCGGUAGCGCUGGGAAUGUCCCCUGCCUGAAACCCUGGAGAACCACUGCAGUAUAUAAGGCAGCAUCUUACGUUUCCAAGCUGUUCUUGGCAUUUUUGCAUGGAAUUCAUAGCUAUCGAUCCAUUCUAGUGCAUCCCCAGUUUCCCAUAGGCUGGGAAUAGUGAAAGAAUGAAGCAGAGAGGGGGGUGGGGAAACAAUAGGCAGCCUAGCAAGAACAGCAGAAGAAUCCUUUAUGUGUCUACUCUGAUGUAAGUUCCACAGAGUUCAGUAUGAUUUCUCUACCCUUCUGACAUGCACUGGCUUCACCUGCAAGCAAAUGUUGACAUUCCACGAAGCGGCUACCAAGCUGCAUGCGUCUCUGGCCGUACCCUGAGCCUUAAAUAUACAACCAAUAAUAAGACAGAUGUGUGCAAGCCUCCUGCAGGUGGCAGCAUAUCACAUGAAAUAGGAUGUAGGCAGCUAUUGACAAAGCCUCGUAUGAGUGUCUACUGAGAAAAUAUUCUGCUUACACACUGCACACUUUCUGUGUUGUGGAUGUGAUCCAUAUCUGUUUGUAUCACCUGGAUCAGAUAAACACCAGAAAGCAGUGUAUAGGUAACAACACACAUCUCUUUUGCUUUUCUUUUGACCACAAGCAAGUCUAGUUAAAGAAUCAGUGUCACUGCUGCUGCUUAAAUUUGAAUUUUGUCCAGAAACAUCCUUCACAUUUCCCUCUCAUAUUUUAUUCUAUUUUGUUAAGAAUAAUAUUUAUAACCCACCCUUCAUCUCAAUGCAUCCCAGAGGUGCUAUAGCUCCUUGAUAGGUUAUGCCUCACCCUUGCGCCCUCCGCCUAUGAGAGAAGUUGCCUUCACAUUUCAGCUGUUCAAUAUCCACUCCCCAACUGUGGCAGUCUUGAUGCCUUGCACAAAAGGGGCAAUGCAAAAAAAGGCUACAAAGGUGGAAGGUAGUGGCUUAUCAGAUGUCCUGUGAUCAAAAUACCAGGCUCAGGGAAGUGAGGCUAUUGAGUGUUGAGUAAGCACAGCUAAUUGGAACCAGUAUGUUCAGAGGCAUUGCCACUUGCCUUUGGUGACCAGAUGCUGGUGACAAACAGGGAGGUCACCAUUCUCAGCAUGACUUGCUUCUAGAGGCACCAGGUUGGCUGCAAGUCAGAACGCUAGACUAGAUGCACCUUGGCCUCAUUCAGAAAAGCAAUUCUUGCAGUUUUCAUUUUAGUGCAUAAAUACUCACACAUGGGUGGCGCUGUGGGUUAAACCACAGAGCCUAGGACUUGCCGAUCAGAAGGUCGGCUGUUCGAAUCCCUGCGACGGAGUGAGCUCCUGUUGUUCGAUCCCAGCUUCUGCCCACCUAGCAGUUCAAAAGCACGUCAAAGUGCAAGUAGAUAAAUAGGUACCGCUCCAGCGGGAAGGUAAACAGCGUUUCCAUGCGCUGCUCUUAGUCAUGUUGGCCACAUGACCCGGAAGCUGUAUGCCGGCUCCCUCAGCCAGUAAAGCGAGAUGAGCGCCACAACCCCAGAGUCAGUCGCGACUGGAUCUAAUGGUCAGGGGUCCCCUUUACCUUUACCUUACUCACACUAGAAACGCUUAAGAGAUAUAGCUGUAGAUUUAAAAUCAUGUGUUUAUAAGCUUCCUCAAGUGCUUACUUGGACGCAGACAAUUCUUGGCAUAUACGGUACUUGAAAGCACAACUGUCGACUUAUUUACUGUUGUUAACAGCUCCAAAGCUGUGGGUUACAGUACAGCAUCCUUUGUUUAAUUCACCCUCUGCAUCCUUUUUGUGUUCCUUCACUCUUCUCAGGAAAGCGGGUGGUCAGCUUCGCUUACUGGAGAUCUCUGCUCGCUAAUGAUGUAUAUAACAAGUCAGAGGGCCGCAGCUGAUGUGUGUGCACUGUUUAUACAUAAUCUGCAAUUGACUCCUCAUAAUUGCUGGCACAACUUAAUUGCUGUUUCCAGUUUAGAGAUAAGUACCAGCAGCUCUUGGGAUAUUUUGAAGACAACAGCUGGAAAGGGAAUCUGUGACCAUUUUCUCUGAUCUCAUUGUUAUAACAAGCCUUCAUUCAUAACUCCAAUCACAGUUUGCCCCAUUGGUUGUAUAAACAAUUCCAGGUACGUAGGGGAAGAAAUGUCACAUUCUCUUUCAGUUGCUGGCACUCAAAAGGGCUAUUAAGCCCUGGCAUUGCUAAAUCCAAAUACCGAGUUAUUAAACAGGGACCUUCAAAUUACAAGAAUUAAAGACUCUCUGGAAUGAUACUUUGAUUUGCUUUUCGUUUUAACAGAAUGAUUCACCCACUGCAUCCUUCACAAGGUCCUUAGCUAGGAGCAUCAAUUCUAUCAUAAGCAUGGAUCUGAAACUCUGCAACAGAUUUUCUGCCUGUAAAAUAGUGGAUCAUGUGGAAUUCUCCAUGUCUUGUUGAAGCUGUUACUGAUGUACAAGCCUAGCUCAGUUAUUUUGUAUCACUACAAAACGCAGGAAUCCCUUCUAAACCUUAUACUGUAUUUAUAUUCUAUAAAACCUCAGGCAGAUCUUCAUUUCAGGAGCAAAAUUUAAACCUCACGAGUCCUACUGAUCAUAUGAUAUAUUCAAACACCUCACUUCCCAGGAGAAAUUUAUGCAGGGAAAUGUGUAAGAUUACACCUAAAAGGUGUAAUCUUGCAUGUGAUAAUUCUUUUGAGGAAGGAUACUCACUUAACCCCCUUUAAGCCUUCUGUUAUGGGAAAUUAUUCCCAGGGCAUGUUUAGCAUUUGAUUGGCACUGUUCAUACACUGAAAAGGAACCUUGGUCCCUUAAGGCUCAUCUGAUUUCCUUUUGAGCUGUGCUUUCCAGACACGGGCACACACUUUAAAGUUCUGUGUCUGAGUGUUGUGGGGUUUUGUUUUUGGUCCCAGCGCAUUUCUCAGGGAAACCCAUGUUUUAUUGCUGAAUCUGAGCAAAUCUGUAAAGAAUCCAAUUGCCAUUUUCUCCAAUUCAGCAGUAAAACACGGAUUUCCCUGGGGAAAGUGCUUUGGCAAAAAAACAACACUUGGGACACAGAGCUUUAAAGCCCUGACCUGUGUCUAGAAACACAGCACAAAAGGCAGUCUGGAUGAGCCCUUUGUGUGGAAGAGCUUUCCAGGUUAUCAUAAAAAUACAUGCAAGUGGAAGGCUGUGUCCUGUGAGAUACCCAAAGGCAAGGGCAUGUACAUAGAUUUUUCUCUCUGUGCACCUCCCUCUAGGGUUUGCUUGCAGUUUUGCUCAUGACAAAGCAAAAAUUAUUAAAAAUCAGUCGUGGGCUCCCAAACAGAAAGGAAAACUGAAAAGAAAAACAAGGUGCAAAGCGCGCCAUUGUCAAGAAGUGACAGUCACUGCAAGAUUAAUUUAAGGUGUUACAGUGGCUGCCUCCUUAUGCCAACCCACAAAGCUCCAUCAUGGUAAGUUCCUUCCUCAGGUUAGUAUGGAAGUCAAUAAAUAAGGUUUAAAAUAACAAAGUUCCCAUUCCAAUGGUUGAAAAGGCUCUUUGUUUGGGAUUCCUAGCAGCAAUCAUAGCAGUUGAGAACAGGCUCUAGCAAGCAAGCUUGACAAAAAGUAGAUGCUUAGAUUUUUUCCCCCACUUCACCCUGAUUUGGAAGACUAAAAACAACUGACUGCAUGUGCAUGACAGCAGGCUUUUCAUACUACCCACUGCACCAUCAGUAUCUGAGAAAUGCACAAAGGGUUCAUAGAUGUUAAACACUACAGGAAUAUUCUGAAUAAAUCACCUCUUCUUUGGAUACAUUAUAAAAUUUCUGCUCAAGAAGGCAAUCUUCACAGCUUGCACAAAGGAAUAAUACACCUAGAAUGUUCAAAACAGAGGUCAGAGAUCCUACCAUGGUGUACAGGCUAAGGUGUUACUUUUUUGCAUAUAAGCCCUGAUCAAACUGCCUUCUGGUUCAACAAGGAAGAGACCAGGAUCUAUUAGGCAGUGCAUCAGAUCAGGACCAGUUUCAGCCCUGUUUCUCAAAAGCACACCAAGGUUCUUUCUGAAGUAUCUAGGGUUUUUUGUUUUGUUUUGCAUGUCCACAGCAAGUGGCAAAAUUCCACUCUUAUUUUGACAGCUCUGAUUAAGAUAAGACUCUGCAUGGUUGUAAACAUAAUCAAAUUUGAAAAAGAUAAAAUGCAAUGGAAGCAUGCUUUUUCUGAUCACGCAAGAAGGCUACUAGACAUUUGCCCAUUUCUCAGUUGUAUGGUUUGCCUCCUCUGUGAAACUUGGAUCAUGUUCUGUGUGCUGUUUUGUGACCAGUUGCAUGGUGUGGCAUGACAGAACUUCUUUUGUCUUAGAAUCUCAGAAAGCUGAGGUAUAAAUUAUACUCCCUUCUCCCAUAGCUUCAGCUUGAGGCGGGCAGUUUACUUGAGACGGAGGUUGCAACUGUCUGCACUAGUAAGUGGGUUUGUUGCAUCACCCUGUCACCCUAAUUAAAAAGGAGCAUGAAAAAAAGCAAAACAGAGCAAAAUGAAAAUGAGGGGGAUAAAUGUUAAAAUGUCAAAGCAGUUAAAAAACUUAAGUUAUGCACCUGGAAAAAAAUAUUCUAAACAUCUGAAAAAGAAGUGAUUUCCCAUUUAAAACCAAAAGCCAGCUCCCUCCAAAAGCUCUAACUUAAACUAGCAAAAAUAACCUCUUCAAGUCUUCCCCAGGAGCUGGAGGUGAUGGAACGGGAGAGGUUAUGGGCUUUCUUUCUAAAACCUACAAGACUAAAGGGAAAAUGCUGCAACAACUGGAAUAUGUAAGGAAAACCCUCUAGGAUUAGUGUGGGCAGAAACAAAAUUCAAAUGCCAUGUGUAACACUUUUACAUCACUUUAAUUCUCAUCCACCAUCCCUCUUGUUGUAGUCCAGGGUCUUGACAUAUCGAUUGUCUCUGCCAAAUUGCUUAGAACAUUAAGGACCAAUAUAGUGUUCAAACAAAGCAGUAUGAUAAUGCACAGAUGAACAUUUUAACCCUCCAACAUGAAUAUAGGUGGUUUUCAUCGUUGUAAAACUGGCAACAGAAAUCCAUCAUGAAUAUUUGAACCGCUUGAGAGCAAAGGAGACCUCACAAUGUUUGGGACUUUACCCACAACUUUACACAAUGCCUCUAAUACUUUAACUGUUAACAUUAGAAGUUUCUCAGACAAUUUUGAAUCCGAGUUCAUAUAAAUCACAGCAAUGGAUGAGAGUAACUUUGCUUUAAUGCUCAGGAUUCAUAGUAAACCUAUCCCAAGGUAUUGCUUAUGUUUAAAGCCAUCUGGGAGGGCUUUUAAAAGACAGCAUCUCAACAAGAUGUGCAUACCUAGGUAGCCGUGAUGAGACAGAAAGGUAGUUAAGUUGUGUUGUGUGCACUUUUGCAUACAUAAAUGGAGGAAACUUUACUUGCUGAACAGUUAAAAGCCUGUCCUGGACUUGCAGUUUUCUUGUCUGUAAUUUAAUAUGGAAUGAUAUACAUUUUAAAAUGUGCUUGAGUUGGAGGGAAAAUAUGUUGGGGAAAGGUGAAGAACAACCCCCCCCCAAAAGAUAAGUGAAGAAGACACUCUGCAUGGUACUUUUGAAAGCCUCGCCUGUGUUUCUGAUAACUCAGGCUAUUAAGGGAGAGUUUCAACAUUACAAGUUGUUUCCAUUUUUAUCAGUCUAGAAGAUACUGUAUGCUUGGGCUCUGUUCUUACCACCUCUAGUGUGAAUUAGAAUUGCCAUUUCACCCAUAAGGCACUUAAACCGUGCCUAGGUGUGCCAGAAUAUCUGCUUGCAUGGCUGGUGAAAUGUUGCUGUUUUAGCAUCCUGUUGCCAUGGCUAUUGGGACCAUUUAUUGUUUGGCGUCAGAAUGUGGCUGUUGAUAAUUAGUUAACAAAUGGGUUGUUUAGUCCACAGCAGGUUUUUGUUUUCUCAUCUUUCAAUACAAGUAUUUGAAUGCACUCUCAAGAUCCUAUAAUCCAGGUGUAGCCAAUGGAAUGCACUCAAUAAGUUGCUGGACACCAACCUCCACCCGUUGCAGCUAUUCCAGCAACACCUGAAGGGUAUGUUGGCUGCCCCUGUGUAUUCUCUAUUGUAAUGCAGUAAACAAAAAAAUACUCCUUGGUAGUAAAGCUUCUGACAGCAAUUGGCUGAGCAGCUAUGACACCAUGGAGUGUUAAUUAGUCUUCUAACUGCUGAGUUAAUGAAAGCUGACUUAUUGAAAGCAAGCCCGAUGCUCAGGCCAGGCAAGAGCUUGAGACGUGAAAUUUCUGGAACAGAACAUAGUAUACAGUAUCUGUCUUCAGUUUGACUGGGAAAAGGUCCUAUGCAAGAGGCUGAGAUAAGAAGAGCUGUUGUGAGCCAAGGACCUAAGUGGUUUGGCUGCUACAAAGCGUGCUAAAAGGAUGAUUCAUACAUCCUCUUUCUAAGCUUCUGGUGCCUCAUGUCCACAGUGGCAGUAUUUGGAAUUCUCACACCUCCACUGCUUUAGUCAUUACACUGUAGAAGGAGCCUGUGUUGUAAUGGUCAGAGCCACCCUCAGUAGGAAGCUGGGGGGCAGUGAGCCAAGAUGAAGGUUUACUACAGGUUCAAUCGUAGACUGAAGCAAAGAGCUGGUGGAGUUGAUAAAGUGGGACUUGGGGAAAACCCCUCACAUGGUGAUUUGAGUUGUUAAAAUAACAAGGUGGCCAGGAGAGGGGGUUUUGGAAGCUGACAAAAACUAUGGCCAGAGGUGUAGAGUUUCUUAGACCUUCAAUCCCUUUAAGUCCACUCUCAGGAAUAAGUAUUUCAUCAGGUGCAGUUUUUCUCCUGUUACACCAUCACACGUGAUAAGGAAAAAGCUACCUUGAUCUAAAUCUUCCUUCAGCUGGACUGUUAAAAAGAAAUAGGGUCUGGUCCUAGAAAAUGUAAGGGAACAACUGGGCCCAAAGUGGGGAAGCAGGGCUAAAUGGAUUGGACCAGGCAGAGCCACUGCAGAGCCAAGGACUGGGUCAUGUUCCAGGGGCUCCCUCAAAGGGAACUGCCAGAUCAGUAUGGUGGGCAGCAUCAGGCUUGCUUCCCUUUUAUCCAUCUCUAUGAUAGCUAGUAACACUGAGUGGGCUUUUGAGUAGCAGCCACCAGGCAGCCAAGCAGUGACUGUGGCUGGUACCUAGUCAUCUCUCACCCCAAUUGCCCAGUCAGAAUGGAACGACAGCCUUAGGCCUCCGGUAGUUGGCAAAUGCAACAUUCUUGCUUUUAAUCAAACAGUUAUCAGAGUAAAUACAAUUAACACUAGCUGCUUUUGUGAAUUGUCUUGAAGGGAGUGUUUUGUUACUUAGCAGACCUUAAAGAGGUUGGUAAUUUGUCAUAUAAGUAUGCUAUUCAUUCUUACUAAUGACCAAGCGUUCUAUUGCUUAGAUCAGGAAUGGGGAACUUAGGGCCCUCCAGGUGUUACUGGACUACAGCUUCAUCAACCCCAGCCAGCAUGACUCAAUGACCAGGGAGGCUGGGAGUCAUUGGACCUCAACAACCGAAAGGUACAAAGAAAAGGUUAUGCUAGACAGUUGCAGGAAUCUUACAGGUCAAACACUAGCACCCUGGGAGAACACAGCACAAGGGGUAGGCAGUUUCACUGUUAGCUGGAGGCUGCCAUAUAAUGGGACUGUCUCAAAAAGAUUUGAAUUUUGCAUACCUUCUCAGUAAAAUGUUUUAAGAAACACUGCACUGGGCAGCAGGCAGAAUCACCCUAUAUGUUAAUAGAUAGCACUAUAGAAUUCUCUCUUAGGGACGCAACAGAUAAAAAACUGUUCUAGAUUUACCAUUGUGCAUCAAGAGUACAGCUGUGUAAAACACACAGGAAGGUAUUACAUGGAUGUUUCUAUACUUUCUGGCCGAUGUGCUAUAAUUUUUGGCCAUGAAGGAACACAGAAUACCACCAGAAGCAAAUCCCAUUAGACCGUACUUAACCUUACAAAUUUACUCACAAACUGUAGCAAGAGUCUUAAAAUGUUAUAUACUCUUGUUACAAGGCCAGCUAGGCAGAACUGGAACCUAGGGCUCUAUAGAGGAGGAGAGGUAGCACAUUCUAGUUUCUACCAUGACUUUGGAACCCCUUAGCAUCAUGCUAUGUUAUUGCUGAUCAAAUUACCUAGACUGCAGUAAAAUGUACCUAUGUGUAGAUGGUUUCACAAGAGGAAGCUCUGCUGCACCCAUAUUAAGAAUGGCUCCAAAGGCAGUAAGAGGGCAUUGCACAUUCCAGCAGUGCAAGAAGAAUCACACCUCCUUCCAUAGAGCUUGAAGACAUGCAUGACUAGAGAAUUUAUGAAGUCAAAUCUCUGUAAGCAAUUGAAUACACAAGAUUUGCUGAACAAGAACAGAAGGCCACAACUAGUAUCGGUUUUUAAAACAGACUGCAAUGCCUAUUUGCACCCUGAUCUAGCUGGCUCCGAGAACUGUUGGCCAGUGAAAUUGAAAUACCUGGGCCUCACGGCAUCAGUCUCUUGACACCCAGACCCAUAAUAAUGCUUCCCCCACCCAAAUAGCAUCAACUUUAUGGCACUGCCGAUUCAUGCAUAUUUCCUUGCACAUUUCUUUUCUCCCUUCUAUUUAAGGAAUGAGGAUGUGGGAAUGAUAAAGAGA